AUGGAGAUCAUGGAUCCAUACACCGCCGAGCUGCUUUCCGCUCCGCCGUGUCCCGGCGACUUCUCAGGCCGCGCCGCCGCCAACCAGACGGAGUUCGACGACGACUUUCUCCGGUCCAUCGGCGCGCUCCCUCGCCGACCAUGCGCACAUACUGCUCCGGCCUCCGUCGAGUUCGAGUAUCCCCCAACCCUAGAGCCAUCGUCCCUGGUGCUGCUGCCAUCUUGCGACCUGCUCGCCGCCGCCCUCGGCGCCCACGUCGUCAAGCCCGCCGUCGAGGUGCCCGUGCCAUCCACGCACCAAGAAGUCCGAACAAAACGCCCUGCUCCUGACUCGGAAGUCGCCGCCCCGGAGAGCUCCGCCAAGCGCCCGCGGAUUUCCUGCCCGUUCGUGCCCGACUACGACGUCGACAUCGACUUCAACCUGCGGGAGAAGGAGAGGAACGAGAGGCAGCGGCCCUCGCCGGACUACCUGGAGACGGUGCAAGGAGACCACCGGAUGGACGAGCGCACGCGCAGCAACCUCGUCAUCUGGAUGGACGAGUUCACCAAAGAGUACCAUCUUUUCCCAGGCACGCUGCACCGGGCCGUCUCCUACGUCGACCGCGUCCUGUCGCUGCGAACCCUGACUGACACCGACAGUGAGCUCCGCCUGCUGGGCGCUGCCGCCAUCUUCACCGCUGCCAAGUACGAGGCCAGCAGCGUCGACCUCCACCUGAACGCCUCGGACGUGGCCGAGUACUGCGGGUUCGCCACCGGGAAGGAGGUGACCGACAUGGAGCGCGAGAUGCUGGCGGCGCUCCGGUACGAGCUCAGCGGCCCAACGGCCUUCACCUUCGUCGAGCACUUCACCAGGCAUAGCAGAGGAGAGAGACACAAUAAGAUUCGAUUGUUGGCGCAUCAGCUCGCCGACACGUCGCUCUUGGACUACAGGUGCCUGCGGUUCAUGCCGUCCGCCGUGGCGGCCACGGCGAUGUUCAUCGCCAGGCUCAGACUCGACCCGGAGGUGGACAACCAUCAAUAUAUCGAGGAUCUCACGGGGUACAAGCCAGUGGAUCUGUUUGAGGGCAUAUACUCGUUGUUCAUCACGAAUCCCAAUUCUCGUUUCGUGGUCCGGCGCUAUCCGAGGGCUCUAAUUAUAUGA